AGACUGUGAUGGACACCGAGUGAGAAAGGAACAGUGUUGAGGCACUCCAGGACACACAGAGCAACAAUUUAUCAACUCAACUUCAGUGGAAAGAGAAUCUACCAUGGCCAACCAUAAGGGUAAGUGAUGGGUCUAUCCUCAGUCUGCCUUUUUAUUGUUCCUGUUUUUCUCUAUGUUUCUUGCCCCGCUCUCUUACCUUGUAUAACCCUUCUUUUGGGAGAUAAUAAUAUGUGAAAUAUGUGCUGAUCUGGACUCCCCACUCGGGUGUGAUGUGACCCAUCCUAAUUCCUGCAACAAAUUCAACCCUACUUGGUAUGGGGGCCAGACCAGCACAAGACAGAUUCAUUUAUAAACUAGGUGUUAGAUUAUCUCUUUUAUUCUGAAAGCCUGGGAAUACUACAGUGAUGCAACAGUUCAGAAAGUGAGCAACAGUGGUUUUCUAAGCAUCUGUUGGUGCUUUGGUACAUUUUUCCAAACACAAACAGCGCAUGCCUGCUGUAAAUCAACACUGUUUGCUGACAAUGCCAGUGUGGCAGACUGAACUACACUAUCAACUUAAGUCAACUUUUUAAAUAACACCAAUCCAAGUUAUCUCAAGUUAUCACAUGACCAAAAGUUUAAUAAAUGAAAAAAGAAAAAGAAAAAAAAAAAAAAAAAAGGACAGGAAAAAUCUUAAUUUAAAAAAACUACAUGUUCUGAUAUGACAAUAAAGACACGGACAGUCAUUAUUUUCAAUUUUUAACAUUUGUGAUUCAAUUGGUCCACAUGUAAAUCUCGCUGCCAUGCAGAGGUGAGCUUAUAAACCCCUUUUAUUUUGCAGUCUUGAUUAACUGGGCCAGAUUAAUCUUCAACGAAAUUGUUGACACUAAACUUGUGUUAAUUUGGCAUUAAAGCUUUUGCAAGAGGAUUUUUAUUCCUUUUGUCAAAUUCCAAUCUACUUUACCAUGUAAAGUCACACAUGCCUUUAUUUUCCCACGACUUGAUAAUGACGACAGUCCUUUCAUCUGCCUCAAUCAAAGAUAUUUUAAGUGACUCUAGACUGUUUGUACUCAGCUGCCAGACUUAACAAGUACCAAGAUAAGUACCCACACAGCACCAGUUUUUUGUCUUUUGUUUUUUUUUACACUGGCUCCCAUGUGUUAGAAUCAGUUUUGAAGAUCUUACUUGCUCGCCUCUUAGGUUGUUCAUAGCCACUCACUCCAUGCACCAGUUCUGAACUCUUCAGCAUAUUUGAGCCAGUGCUCACUCAUGGUUAAGCUUAUCAGCCUUCCUUUUGGUGACUCUGUGGUUCUAAGGUUUGUGUUGACUUUAACUUUUUUAUUUGCCUUAUUUUGCCAUUUUUAGUCUUCUAAAACACUGGAACAAGAUUUUGGCAAAUUGCUCUUGAAUAAAGAUGAUUAUUAUUUUGAGCUGGCUGAACUCUAUGAUUCCUCAUCCUUUCUUUUUACAACUUUAACUCAACAUGUCUCAUAUUAGUGGCUUAGCUGUUAAUGUGAAGUGGUGUAAUGUUGAUUUUUGAAGAAACUCAGACUGAACUCUUAAAACUCCCAUCAUUUAAAAAAUAUGUCUAGUUUUUGACAGAUUGAUGUUUAAAAUGUGUCUCUGUUGGUCCCGCCAGGUUUGAUCGUUGAUAUGGAUUUAAGAAGUCAUGAAAACAACUUGUUUCAUCGUACCAGAGAGAUUGAUCGGGAGCGGCUGAUUGUUCGCAGGGGUCAACCUUUCUCUAUCACCCUGCAGUGCUCUGACUCUCUGUCCCCAGAACACAACCUGGAGCUUGUUCUGCACCUCGGUGAGUCCAGCCUGACAUGGGAGACAUGUUUUCUGUAGCUACUAGUAUGCUACUCACUGUAAAGAUAAGCAGCCUGUUUACAAGCAGCCUACUUACACUGCUCAGUUAUGCCUCUACUCUUAGUCUAGGUACAACCAAAUAGAGCAGGAAGAAAAUAACGACAGAAAACAUAGAUUAAAUAGAGAUUUUGAGAUUCUCAUUUAGAUCCUGCAUUGACCAUGCAUUAUUGGAAUUAAAGUCUAUUAUCUCCCAGAUAAAGAAAGAGCAAAUGUUUUUCAACGUAGUUUACUCUUAAUUAUCUAUGAGACUUGAUUAGAGCAAAAUGUCAGGGUUGUAAGAGUUUGUUAUCUAAGCUAGACUGAGAAAGAAGGUCAGCUAAGAGUCAAGACUACUUUUAGAUAAGGUUUGUUAGCUUAGCUCCAUCAAUGUUUUAGCAAAUUACAGAGUGAAGUUCUUUACCUGCAAGGAGAACUUGUUACCUCUGCCAAGGAGGUUAUGUUUUCGGUAGCAUUGGUUUGUUUGUUUGUUUGUUAGUUUGUUUGUCUGUUAGCAACUUUACAGAGAAAGUAACAAACGGAUUGACCUGAAAUUUUCACCAGAGGUGCAUCUCAGCCCCACGAGGAUCCCAUCAAAUUUUGGUGGUGAUGUGGACAAAAUUCUGAAUACUGUGACCCAGAACACACAAAAAUAAGGGUAUCGUUGGAAUUUUCAUUGCUGAAAGAUAACCCAUGGGCAGCACAGUGGUGUAGAAAGGCGGCACAGUGGUGUAGUUAGUAGCCUCACAACCAGAACGUCCUGGGUUCGAAUCUGGGUCAGGGCAUUUCUUGUUUAAGGGGGGACAUGAGCUGCUUGGCGGAGGUCUGCGCUCUCCGAGUGCUUUUCUAGUUUAAAGUAAUAUUGAAGAUGAUCAAACUAACUGUAGAUCAUUUAAGGAGGUGAAUGGCUGAGUUGUAUUUAAAGUGAUUAUGUACUAUCUGGACUUUGAGAUAAUUUCAUUGGAAAAAAAAUUUAAAGGAAACAAUCUACAGGUUUAUCCUGAGAAACCUUUCACCAGCUUUUUUUUCUUUUUGUGUCUCCUCCAUUGGUAUUUGAGUUUCCCACUAUAAAGAUGGCCACAGAUUAAAAAAAAUGUCAGUAUGUGUUAAUAUGGGCAAUGGCAGAAAGGAAUUUCUCUCUGGUGCUUGCUCAAACCCCCUAAAAGAGCUUCAUGAGGAACCUGAGUGAACAAAAUUCCUGCUCUUAUUCCCCGAUGGCAGUGUAACGCUGACUCAGACAUACGUAAUAGUUGAUGGUUUUAGAACCUGUUUUUAGGAGACACUUCUGUUUCUUCAGGUCAGAGGGAUGAGGUGGUGAUCAAGGUUCAAAAGGGGUAUGGGUCUGCAGACAAGUGGUGGUUUCAGCAUCAGAGAGCUCAAGAUGAAAUACUGCUGACCCUGCACAGUCCUGCUGAUGCUAUCGUCGGUCAGUACCGCCUGGUUGUGUUGGUGAUGUCGCCUGAUGGACACAUUGUAGAGGAGAUUGACCAAAUUGGGUUCCACCUGCUCUUCAAUCCAUGGUGCAAAGGUAAGCAGAGAGCAGACUCUCAUUUCUAUCUUCUUAUCCUAGAGGUCUGACUUCCUGCAGCUUGUAAACUUGGUCAUAAAGAGGCUAAAGUUAAGACUAUUGUACAGUAAUUAAAAAAAAUGGAGGACCCAGAAUGCAGAUUCAUCAAAAAGGAGCAAAGUUCAAAGUCUAAACUCAAACACCAGGAAGCUCCGGGGGAAGAAACGGGGGAAAAUGCGACAGGAAACAGAUUCAGAAUGAACCAACAAAUAAGUGAUGAAACAGAGUCUGAAGAGUGACUGGGACAAUCAAAACACAGGAGUGAAACAAGACCAGACCCAGUGGAGGAGUACCAGAGUUUUUUUAUGAAUCUUAUCUAGUCUGUAGAUCCUUACAUUUCAUGUGAAAUCUUAUUACAACUGUAACCUUGUAAUUUCUGACCACUACCAUGAGGAGAGGAGCUUACUUGGUUUUGUGUGUUUGUGUGUGUGUGUAUCAGAUGAUGUUGUGUACCUCCCUGAUCAGAGCCAGCUUCAAGAAUAUGUAAUGAAUGAAGAUGGAGUCAUUUACACGGGGUCCUCGGACUUCAUCGGAAGUAUGCCCUGGAAUUAUGGACAGGUAUCCCACUUAAACACACUCUUACCCACACACAGUUGUGUCUCUGAGUUGUGCGUGUCUGUGUCCAUCAGGUCAGUGGGUGGCCUGUGUGAAUUGUCACAGCAGUGUGACAGCAGAGACUCAGAGCCUCUCUUGGAUUAGAAUUGAUAGUUUGUUGGACGGAGGAAACUUCUGGAUAGAGGUGUCAGAAUGUAACUAAACCACACAGACAAGGGCCUGUCCUUUCACAGCUCACUGAGAGGACAGACAAAGACAGAGUUUAUGUAAAAGACAGUCACUUAUACACAUACAAACCAGAAAGAAAACAAAUGUGACUAUAAACUGAUUUUAAAAGGCUAUGAAGCCCUCUCCUGUUCAUUUCCUCUCAUUCUUCUCUACUUUCUGUUUAAUUCUCCUCUAGUUUGAAGACAACGUGAUGGACAUCUGUUUUGAAGUCUUGGACAACUCGAAUGAUGCUCUAAAAAACUCAAAGAUGGACAUUGAAAGGAGAUCUGACCCAAUCUACAUCAGCAGGAUAUUCACAGCGAUGGUAAUGAUCUCUUCUGUUCUCCUCCACAUAUCUUCGAACACUGAGAGUUAAAAUACAGAAUAAUUAAAAAAAAUAUAAAUAAAUAACAUCUGCAUUCAGUUACACCAACAAAUAUGAUCCUGAGUGGUCCAACAAACAUACAGUCCUUGAAAGCUUUAGAUGUGAUAAAAACCUAGACACUAGGGGUGGGAGAAAAAAUCUAUACAGCAUUGUAUUGCGAUAUUUUGUCUGGUGAUAUAUCGUCUCAUUUACCAAGUAUUGACUUUUCAAAUUAGUUGCUAAUAUGAUGUCAAAUAUGUAAUAAUGGAAAAAUAAAAUCAACUGUUUGUCCAGUGAGGUUGGCAGAGGUGGUAUCAUGGAGCAGGAGAAAGUUCGUACAACAAAUUUAUAAAGUUUGCAAGAUGUGCGACAUGAAAAUGAAAUACAGUGUAAGACAAACGUAAAGGAAAGCCAAAUGCUGAAUUUGCUUAAAAAUUGUAUAAAUCGCAAUAUAUUGAAUCACAAUACUUGCUGUAUUGCAAAAUGUUACAAAUUGCAAUAAUAUCAUAUCGUGAACCAAGUCUCGUGAUAACAUUGUAUCAUGGGGCCACUAGUGAUUCCCACACAUACUAGACACGCUUUUUUAAAAGUAAUCUGACCAAAUGAAGGCUGACCAUAUUUUAAGAAUAGCUGUUGCCAUCGUCUUGAAAAGUCUCUGUUUGGAUCUUAUUUAUUCAAUCCAAUAACUUACAUUUAACUUCAUAAAGUUAUUUAAUUGUUACCUCCGCCAAGGAGGUUAUGUUUUCGGUAGCGUUGGUUGGUUUGUUUGUUUGUCUGUUAGCAACUUUACGGAGAAAGUUACAGACGGAUUGACCUGAAAUUUUCACCAGAGGUGCGUCUCAGCCCCAGGAGGAUCUCAUUACAUUUUGGUGGUGAUCCGGACAAAAUUCUGGAUACUGUGAUCCAGAACACACAAAAAUAAGGGUGUUGUUGGAAUUUUCAAUGCUGAACAAUAACCAAUGGGCGGCACACUGGUGUAGAUAGGUAUCACAGUGGUGUAGUGAGUCCCCUCACAACCAGAAGGUCAUGGAUUUGAAUCCCGGUCAGGGCAUUUCUUGUUUAAGGGGGGACAUGAGCUGUUUGGCAGAGGUCUGCGCUCUCCGGGUGCUUUUCUAGUAUAGUAUCUAUUUUAUUGUUUUAAAUACCAUUUAAUCCUAACUGUUAAACUGGUGGAAAAUGACGUGAAUCCAUACUCAUGUAGUUGGUGAUGUAGGUUUACACAUUCAAAUCAUGCUUCUUGCAGUGAUUUACAUUCUUCUCGCCAUUAUUCCUCCACCUGUCCAGGUGAACUCGAUAGGUGACAGGGGUGUGUUGGUGGGUCGCUGGAAUGAGCCAUACACUGGAGGUAUUGCACCGUCCAGAUGGACAGGCAGCGUGCCGAUCCUCAGGCAGUGGAGCAAAGAUGGAGCAAAGGCGGUGAAAUAUGGACAAUGCUGGGUGUUUGCUGGGGUCGCCUGCACAGGUGAGGUUCAAACAAGUUGUUUAAUGUUAGCUGAGAUCUGAACCUUCAAUCCAAUCCAAUUUGCUUGAUUUAUAUAGCACAUUUUAAAAAAACAUUCACGUUUACCAAAGUGCUGCACAGUAAAAUUAAAAAAACCAACACUGCAGAAAUAAAGAAAAAAAAAAGUGGUCCAAUGUUUGUAGAUAUCAGAAUGAGUAGUAUAAGGACCAACAUGUAUAAAAACAAGAAGUGGAGAAGAGAAAAAAGGAAAGACUUAUCCCAAAAGUGUGAUGUUUGUGUCUUCACAGUGUUGCGCUGUCUAGGAAUCCCAACACGCCACAUCACAAACUUUGAUUCAGCUCAUGACGUGGAUGGAAAUCUCUCUGUGGACGUUGUGCUGAAUGACAGACUGGACUCAGGAGAGAAGGGGGACAGCAAAUGGUAGGAACACAUGCUCACACACACACACACACAUACAUGCCGGCAAUGUUCACUCAUGAUUAUUUAGUCAGAGCAGGGAUUUCGGAUUUAGUGAAUUAUACUCUCUUGGUGGUUUCAGGAACUUUCACUGUUGGGUCGAAUCCUGGAUGAAGAGAGAUGAUCUCCCUAAAGGGAAUGAUGGCUGGCAGGUUUUGGACCCCACCCCUCAAGAACUGAGUGAUGGUACAUUCCUUAAUUUUUACCUUAGAUCUGCCUGCCCCUCUCAUAAUCCCUUUGCAUGUUUUAAAGCGAUUUCUCACUUCAUAUAACCAAAAUCUACACAGUAUCCAUCCUGCCUGUUGACUCUUGUCUUUCAUCACUGGUAGCCAUCCUCGUAAAUGUUCUAUAAAAGUAACAUGCUGGAAUUUGAAUAUGGUAUUUCCUCAUUUUUGAUACCGUCAUGAAAAUCCAACUUCUUUUCCUGAUCUGCUCCUCAGGUGUAUUUUGCUGUGGUCCAUGUCCAGUCACGGCCAUCAAGGAGGGGAAUCUGGAGGUAAAAUACGACGCCCCGUUCAUAUUUGCUGAGGUGAACGCUGACAUCAUCCACUGGAUCAUCAAACCAGGUGGCCAAAAGCAGAGGGUGAGAGUUUUUUCUAAACUGAAUGUUUUUUUUUUUGUCUUUGUCUUUUUUUUUUUUUUUUUUUUUUUUUUACUUAAUUAGGAGAUGGUAUUAAUGAUUUUUAAUACUGUUCCAGAUCAGAGUGGACCAACGGAGUGUUGGGAGGAGUAUCAGCACCAAAAGUGUUUUUGGUGACUACAGAGAUGAUGUUACUCUACACUACAAAUAUCCUGAAGGUGAGUUUGAAAGUAUCUGCAGCUUUCCACGACAAUAAAGAGCUUUUUGGCUGUUUAACUUCUUACAAAAUGUGCAAAAAAUAAUGUGUGAUCAGUUUUGGUUUUGAAGUUCCCAUCUUGUGUUUCAAGGCUCCAAAAAGGAGAGGGAGGUGUACGAGAAGGCAGGGCGCCGAGUCACAGAGCCAAUCAGUGAGAGGGCAGAACCUGCGCAACUGCACCUGUCAAUCAAGAACGCCAAACCUGUAUUUGGGACGGACUUUGAUGUGAUUGUUGAGGUAAAUAAUACCGAGACUGUAGCUGAAUGGAUUUAUGAAAAUGACAAAAUGGGAAGGGGAGACGGAGGUCUGCUGCACGAGGGAACUGUGCCAACAAGUCAUGUUUCUUCAAUCAGAAACACGCAAGAAAAAUGGUUUCAACACUGCGCACAUUUAGUGAAAAUUUACCCCUACAAGAGCAGACAUGUGGAGAAAGUUCAGCUGAAUUCCUUGGGGAGAAAAUGUUCUUGAAAUAUUUUAAGGAGGACAUCACCAGGGCCCUUCCCACCCUGAUCUGAAGUGUAAAAAUAUUUCCCAGGAGCUCCAUUUCUAUGCUAAUUUUCUGUUUGGAUAAAGCCUCAUUUUCUUUUCCCUCAAUGGGUUUGGUAGUUUUUCCUAAAAUAUUCCCAGAGCCCGCAGAGUGAGCUGGAGGGGCUCUUAUUUAUUCUCUAAGCAGGGUGGGUUGGUGCUACAAUGAGGAUUAGCGACCAACUAUUGUUAUUGUCCCUCCUCUCCCUCACACACAUCAGGGGAGGCGUGAGUGAGUGUGAAAGUUGUCCCAAGUUGAACCACAGUUCAUUUUGCAUCAGUUGUCCUAAGUUGACCCAAAGUAGGUGAAAGGAAGAUAUAGAACGUGCUCCAGUAAAUUCCCAGUACCCCGGUUUGAAAUGAUUGAUCUUGAGCUGCUUUUGUGUUAGACUUAUUUUUUUAUCCUUUUGUAGAUGCAAUGAAAAAAAAAAAGAGUGAUCUCUUAAGUUGAUUCAGAUUUUGAUCAAGUCACUUAUCUAUUCUGUCAACAGGUGAAGAAUGAAGGAGCCACAGAUGCUCAUGCUCAGCUGACCAUGCUGGCCAUGGCUGUAACGUACAAUUCUCUCCACCGGGGGGAGUGUCAGAGACAAACUACCAGUGUGACUGUGCCACCUCAUAAAGGUUAGAAACGCAGACAAACCUUUAAAAACAAAACAACAAUGAAGCUGUGUGUCACCUGCACACGUUCCAUAUUCUUAUUUUGUAGCAGAACUGAAGUAUUUUGAGCAUUGUUCCCCCUUUCGUGUUUGUUUCUGUAUUUAGUCCACAGGGAGGUGCUGCGACUGCAUUAUGAAGACUAUGGCAGGUGUGUCUCUGAACAUCAUCUGAUCAGUGUUAAGGCGCUCUUGGAGACUCACGGGGGGAAUGAGCCCAUCAUGGCCAUGGCCAACAUCCCACUGAGCAAGCCUGAAGUCCUCAUACAGGUGAGGGCAAGCUGAACUAACCCAGACAGUUGGUCUGUUUUGGCUCCAAAUCAUUGUUUAAAGAACUUAAUUGCAUGUUGUCCCAAGGAAGCUAAGACAAAUGACCCUUAUUGUUUUCUUCUUUGUGACACUGUGUUUCAUAAAGGGCUGUUGCCUUAUUUUUGCAGAUCUUUAAUUCUCUAUAUAGCAGCAAUGGCCUUGGUAUGGUUUGACUGGAGACUAAGUAUUUGCAUAUCCUGCUCAUUGCUUCAGGGCAGCAGUAUAGGCUACUGCUACCCCUGGUCUGGUCAAGAAUUUAGGAGCAAAGACAUCAGUUCACAGGGCUGAGAUACUAUGAUACUUUCCUUCUGCAGGUACCAGGGAAGGCUUUUGUUUGGGAACCAGUGACAGCUUUCAUGUCCUUCAUCAAUCCUUUACCGGUCCCCCUGAAAGGAGGAAUCUUCACUGUGGAGGGGGCUGGCCUACUGUCUCACACAGAGAUCCGUGCUGAGUAAGUACUGAGUUGGCCAGUUCAGGCAUGUGCAAAUGUGGAUCAAAAGUUCAAUCAGCUAAACACUUGCUGUAUAAAUACUGCCCCCAUCUUCAUCAAUUCACAUCAGCAGUUUAUUGUUGAUGACCUGCAUUAGGGUGUAUGCAUCAGAUCUUCAUGAGUUCGACUUGACCAUGAUUUCUGAUUGAGGAUGAAGUUCAGAAUUUAUUAACUUUUUAAGUGUUAUGCCAGCUAAGAUAGGUUCAAAGUAAGAGUAAGUUACAGCUAAAACCUAAUAUCUUUGUCUGUGAAGGUGUAAAGUCCUUCAUAUAAAGGCUUUAGGUUGUUAUAUCGGUGGUCUUGAAGGAGGAUGAGCAGCAGUGGGUUUUACAAAUUAUGAAAAAAAAAUUCAUUUUGAUCUGUGUUCCUGCUGUUAUUUUCUAUAAGUGGAGAUCUAACACCGCGUUUUAUAAAUAUAUUACAGCCCUAGUUGGCGAUUUCACCGCUAAAUGUCACUGUUAUAAUUUUGCACUACUGAUUAUCCCCUUAUCAUGAUGCUUUGUCAUAUUUUACAUACUUCACAUUACUGUUGAGGAACAGGAACAAACUGCUAUUUUCAGCUGUUCGCCUGUGAACAGGCAGUCAGGCUUUAGAGUUAACACGUGAACAACAUGCCAAAAGGAGAAAAGCCUCUCUCUGAUUGGCUGCUAGAAGUGUGCACGUCAUAUCUGCAACAAUACUUUGGUUAGUUUGGAAGGUCUGUACUGGUUGACCUUAAGUCUCCACAAUGAAGCCAAACAAAGUAACAAACAAGCUAGUCUCAGUGUAUGGUUUAGUACGGAUUUUACACCCUUUCUUAAAACGCAACUAUAACAGAGCUGGUGCAACAGGCCAUGGCUGUACAAGGACCUACAUUGAGGACAUGACUAACUUCAAAACCCAGAAGCAUAUGAUCAUUACCCUGAAACUAAAAGUCACUGAGAAGGCUGGCUUAGAAAGUAUCUAACACUUAUUAAAUGGACAUACAAGAUAUAUGGAAACUUGAUUAAACUUACAUGGAAAGAGAAAUCCUGGAUCAGGAAUGUCACACAGCAAUAGAAGUUGAAGCAGUCAGGAUUCAAGAGGAAUACAAAAACCAUUUUUAUUGGGCUUUUUAAAAAAUUCUCCUGACACAAUGAGAAUAAAGUAUGUAUCAUUUUUAAGCAGGUUUUCAAACCCUACAUUUUUACUACUUUCUUAUAAACUCACUGUUUUAGCGAUCCUCAUUUUCCCUGUAUUUGAAUGAUUUUCUCUUCCUUUUUUUAUAUUUUUGGGGAAAUCAAGCUUUUAUUUUAUUCAAUCCCAUGAUCAGUUCUUCUUACUUUAAUUUUCUCUUGUUUACUUGUAAUUAAUCGCAGGAAAAAGGCCUUUUGUCCCCUAUAACUUUCUGGUAAACAGCACUAAAAUAUAUAGCAACAGCUGAAAUAAAGGCUUAACCCAAAAUAAAAAAAAUCCAUAUUUCCACAAGUUUGGCCUGCAGGUUGUACAAAUAUAAAUCAAACCCAGUAUUUAACACUUUGAUAUUUGUUUCCUUUGUCAGUGGUGACAUAGCUCCAGGACAGAAGGUGUCGGUGAAACUCGCUUUUUCGCCUGUUCGGACCGGAGUGAGGAAGCUCCUGGUAGACUUUGACUCUGACAGACUGAAGGACGUGAGGGGGGUCGCCACUGUGGUUGUCCGCAAGAAAUACACCCCUGUAUUCACUGGAUUUCACUAACAUGCUUUGAGCUCACUAAAAAUGACAUGUGGUGUUAUUUGGUGAGAGUACAAGGCAUUCCCUAAAUGUGAGAGGAGGAGCUGCUCUGCCUCAGUGCUGUGAUGCGAAAAGAAACUUAAGAUGAACUAAAUACUGUAAAAGAAAGGAAGCUGAUCAAUUCAAAAAGUUCAACAUAAGCACAAAAAAAGCUGCCAUGUACAAUGGAAGUGACUGAACAUGUGAACAUUGUGUAUUCCUAAAGUAAAAGAAUAAAUUAAAUUAAAGUAAAGUAAAAUAUUUGAUUAAAAUAAAGCUUUUUUUCUGGUAAAAGUUUGCAUUUUACCACAAAAUUAAUCUUCAACUUUGUGUGUUAAAUUGAAGAAUCCAAUUCUGUUUUUCCUUUUAUAGCAAAAAAGGUUGUACCAUAUCUAUAAAGGUUAAGUUCUGGCAACCCGGUGGCUGUUUUUUUUAUCUUACAAAAUUUGGAGUUUUUUUCAGUGUGAUCUCCCAUUAAAGACAUGCAAAGAGGAAUACAUUUUGUUUUCUUCAUAUUCUUCCACUGAACCAUUUCAUUCCCUAUAUUUUCAACACUUAACUGAUAUCCUGAAUUUGAAUCUUCCUUUCUUCUCCACCUUCCUUCCUUGUCCCUGUAAAAAAGAGUCAUUAAUGCAGGGUUAGAAACACGAUGCUGUUUGCUUUUUUAUGUAUGCUUUGUGGAAAUAUCUAAUCACACAAAUUGUCUUUUUGUAUUUUGGUUACUUAAUAUACUUUUGCACUGCUUCCAAACUGAGUCAUGAUAUGUAUUUUAAACUACCACUUUAUCACAUUAUGUUAUCUAUUCAUUUGUAUACGACUUCUACACCACGCGGAUGAGACGUGCAUCUUGUAUGCUGUCAAUAAAUAGUUUUUUCACAAA